CGAACACCGUCAUCCCAGAAGGAGCCAACAGCACCACCGUUUCACGCUUCCGUCGAGGUGAUUAUUUUGAGACAAGAAUAGAGGAGAAGAACUAGGAGCAUCAGAUUUAAGAAUCAUGCCGCCAAGAAGGAACCCCCACACAACCCCAACCGUUGAAGAGCUUGCUCAAACUGUCCAACAAAUGGCACAACUUAUCGGAGCGGCUCAAUCCUCGAACCGUGGGAUUGACUACGCAACAAGAGUAGCCGGGCGGAACCCUCCAAAAUAUCUGGGCGAGGAGGACCAUCUUAUUUUGGAGGACUGGAUUCGCACCUUCGACAAACUCUUUGACUCACUCAACUGCCCGUUGGAGCAGCGAGUGAACAUUGCGGUGUAUUACCUGCACCAAGAAGCGGACCACUGGUGGGCCGCCACCGGACCAGCACUUCUCGAGCAACCGGGCUUUGACUGGGAGGACUUCAUAGUAGCUCUGCGUGAUCGCUUCUAUCCGGAUCACGUAAAGGAGGCAAAUUAUGACGAAUUUGUCAAUUUCAAGCAAGGUGACUUGACUGUUCAGGAAUAUCACACGAAGUUCGUCCAAUUGGCUCGUUUUGCCAAAGACCUUGUGUCAACCGAGGCCAGCAUGACCCGCAGAUUUGUUAACGGGCUUAACUACGGGGCCCAAAAGUUCGUGACUGUAGCGGAGCCACGGAACCUGAACGAGGCAUAUAGGAAGGCUGGUAAGUACUAUCUGGUACACCAGAAAGAAAGAGAGGCACAGAAGAGAGAUCGAAAGAAUGCUGAAAUGGAGCAGCAACAAAAGAAGGCUAGAACUGACCGCCCGGAACAACGUCAAAACAAUCAAGGCGGGAGAACCAUCCAUGGCCAAGGUCAGGGGAGAAUCCAGCCAACUCAGACACGGUACUACAAAUGCAAACUAUGCCCAAACAACCAUCCUGGGAAGGAUUGUGCAGGGAACGCGGUGAAGUGUUAUAACUGCAACCGUAUGGGGCAUAGGGCGUAUGAGUGUCUGGAUGAGAAGAAACCCCAGAUCCAGGGCCAAAACCAGGGGAACAACCAGACCGGGGGUGGGGAUAAUCACAUUAACAACAACCGUGGUAAUCUCGGAAGCCGAUCAACGGAGGGCAACCGUAACCCGGGCCAGGGAGGGCAAAACAACACCCAAGGCCGGAUCUAUGUCAUGAACCAAGCUCAGGCAAAUGCCAACGAUGUGGUGUCAGGUACAUUCCUUGUAAAUUCCACACCUGCUCAUGUACUGUUUGAUUCGGGUGCAUCCCACAGUUUUAUAUCCUCAAAACUUGUGGAAAAGUUAAAGUUAGAACCUACCGCUACACUCAAUCUUAAUGUAAAAACAGCAUCUAAUAAAGUUGUAGCUUGCGGGAAUGUUUUCUCCAAUGUUUCUAUAGUCAUAUCCGAUACCGAAUUACCCGGAGAUCUAAUCCAAUUUGACUUGGAGGAUAUCGACGUGGUGUUGGGAAUGGACUGGCUAGGAAAAUAUAAGGCGAGAAUUCUUUGUGAUGAACAAAAAGUGGUCUUGCGAGGACCCCACAAGAAGCGUGUAUCCUACAAAGUGGUUACAUCUCAGCCAGGCGUGAAGCUGGCAACCAUGCGACAAGUCAAACGACACGUCCGGGAGGGGUGUGAAGUUUACUUAUGCAUGAUCAAAGACUUAACAACCGAAGAUCCAACCAUUGACCAAAUCCCUGUGGUCAAUGAAUUUCCGGAUGUGUUUCCAGAAGAAAUUCCGGGAAUGCCGCCGGAGAGGGAAGUUGAGUUUUCGAUCGAUCUAAUGCCGGGCACCGCACCUAUUUCGAAGGCACCGUACCGAAUGGCACCAAAGGAGAUGCAGGAGCUGAAGGAACAACUAGAAGAACUGUUGGGGAAGGGCUACAUCAAACCGAGUGUCUCACCUUGGGGCGCUCCAGUCUUGUUUGUAAAGAAGAAGGAUGGGAGCCUGAGGCUCUGCAUCGAUUAUAGAGAAUUAAACAAAGCAACAGUCAAGAACAAAUAUAUGUUGCCUCGCAUUGAUGACCUCUUUGAUCAACUCAAGGGGGCUAGCACGUUCUCCAAAGUUGAUCUGAGAUCCGGGUACCAUCAAGUGAGGAUUGCCGAGAAAGACACCCCGAAGACGGCUUUUCGAACAAGGUACGGACACUAUGAGUUCACCGUGAUGCCGUUCGGCCUAACAAAUGCGCCUGCGGUAUUUAUGGACCUCAUGAACCGUGUGUUCCGAACCUACCUCGACUUGUUUACUAUUGUAUUCAUCGACGACAUCCUGGUGUACUCUAAGACACCAAAAGAGCACGAAGAACAUCUGAGGACAGCACUGCAAACUUUGAGAGAGAAUCAGCUCUAUGCCAAACUCUCAAAGUGUGAAUUCUGGAAGGAUCGGGUAGCAUUCUUGGGCCACAUCAUCACCCAAGAAGGUGUAUCUGUUGAUCCAUCAAAGAUCGAAGUAGUGAUAGACUGGCCUACACCCACAACCGUGACGGAGGUCCGGAGCUUUCUAGGCUUGGCAGGCUAUUAUCGCAGAUUCGUGAAGGAUUUCUCAAAGAUUGCAAAACCUUUGACUAACCUCACGAAGAAGACCACGAAAUUCAUAUGGGAUGAGGAAUGCAAGAAGGCUUUCCAGGAGCUUAAGCAAAGAUUAACAACCGCACCUAUCUUAACCCUACCAUCGGGUACUGAGGGGUUCGAGGUUUACACCGAUGCUUGUUUGAAAGGGUUGGGUUGCGUAUUGAUGCAAAAUGGCAAAGUGGUGGCCUAUGCAUCAAGACAACUGAAGACCCACGAGGUAAACUACCCGACUCAUGACUUGGAACUGGCAGCGGUUAUCUUCGCCUUAAAACUAUGGAGGCACUAUCUAUAUGGGGUACAAUGUAAAAUUUACACCGAUCACAAGAGCCUAAAGUACAUCUUCACCCAAAAGGAGCUUAACAUGAGACAAAGACGUUGGCUAGAACUCGUCAAGGACUACGACUUGGAGAUUCAGUACCAUGAAGGGAAAGCAAACGUAGUUGCCGAUGCGCUAAGCCGAAAAUCAACACACUCCUGCAGAGCAACGUGGAUACUACCUGAUGAGCUAUAUCGGGACUUUCAAAAAUUAGACUUGGAGGUACGGGAUUUCAGAGAAGUAGACCGGGAAACGCGGUUACUCACCAUGACCGUUACCCCAUCUCUUUUCGAUGAAAUUAGAGCAGGGCAGCCUGGAGAUAUAAAGUUGGACAGAAUCCGAGCUGGUAUGACGAAUGGCGUAAACGGACCAUUCGAACUGCACGAAGAUGGUAGCAUUCGACACAAAGGAAGGUGGUGUGUCCCGAUGAAAUGUGAAGAGAUUAAGAAGAAAAUCAUGGAGGAGGGGCACAACACGCCUUACUCGGUACACCCUGGAGGUGACAAACUCUACAAAGACCUCAAAAAGAAUUUUUGGUGGCCAAAGAUGAAGAAAGAGGUAGCUGAAUUCGUGGCUCGAUGCCUGAACUGCCAGAAGGUGAAAGCCGAACGUUGCAAGCCCAAGGGGCUCGUGCAACCUUUGGAGGUACCAAAAUGGAAAUGGGAUUCUAUCUCCAUGGACUUUGUUGGGGGCUUACCCCUAACCAAGUCUGGCAAAGACAAGGUAUGGGUUAUAGUUGAUCGGUUAACAAAGACCGCUCGCUUUAUCUCAAUGAACGAGACAUGGAGCAUGGAGAAGUUAGCUCGAGCUUACAUCAAACAUGUAGUUAAAAACCAUGGAGUUCCACAAGACAUUGUUUCUGACCGUGAUUCUAGAUUUCUAUCUCAAUUCUGGAAGGAAUUACAAGCUGCUCUGGGGACGAAACUAAGGUUGAGUACAGCUUUUCACCCAACCACUGAUGGACAAACCGAGCGAACAAUCCAAACACUCGAGGACAUGCUGAGAGCAUGUAUACUAGACCUACAAGGGUCAUGGGACGAACACUUAGACUUAAUAGAGUUUUCGUACAACAAUAGCUACCACGCCAGUAUCAAGAUGGCCCCGUACGAAGCUUUAUAUGGUCAAAAGUGUAGAAGUCCACUAUGCUGGAGUGACUUGACAGACAAAGUGGUGCUAGGGCCAGAGUACCUACAUGACACCAUGGAGAAGGUGAAACUGAUUCAAGCCAGGAUGAAAGCUGCACAAGAUCGUCAGAAGUCUUAUGCUGACUUGGGGAGGAAGCCAGCUGAAUUCAAAGUGGGAGAAAAAGUCCUACUCAAAGUCUCACCGACGAAGGGAGUAAUGAGAUUCGGAAAGAAGGGAAAGUUAAGCCCAAGGUUCAUCGGCCCAUAUGAUAUCCUCGAACGAGUGGGACGGUUGGCAUACCGUUUAGCUUUACCCAUGGAGUUGGCUAAGGUACACAACGUUUUCCAUAUUUCGCAAUUGAAGAAGUAUGUCCGCGACGAAUCACAUAUCCUUAACCCCGAGGUGGUCGAGUUGGAUGAGACAUUGACUUAUGAGGAAAGGCCUAUCCAGAUCCUUGACACCAAAACUCGUGAGACUAGGAGAAAGUCAAUUAAAAUGGUAAAGGUAUUGUGGUCUAACCACUUGGCCGAAAACGCCACUUGGGAGUCCGAAGACGAUAUGCGCAACCGCUAUCCAGAGUUAUUUGACUAAGGUAAAACGUUUUGGUUACGGGGACGUAAACUUGUUUUUAGAGGGGUGGAAUGUAAUACCUCUGAAAAUAUAAUAGAGGAUAUUUUAUUUAUUAGAUUAUGCUUCGGGACGAAGCAUCUUUUAAGGAGGGUAGAAUGUGACACUCCAUAAAUUUAAUAAAAUAAAAUUUAAUAUUAACUAAGAUGUGGUAUUCAUUUGUGGAUAAAAUUUUCUUUAAUUUAUGUUUCGGGACGAAACAUCUUUUAAGGGGGGUAGAAUGUGACAACUCGAAAAAUUUAAUAAAAUAAAAUAAAUAAAUUUUAUUAGUUAGCAAAAUAUUACGAAAGUGAUUUUUUUUAAAAUCAAGUGAAUCAGAUAAAAUUUUAACAUCGGUGACAUUUUAAUCAGAUAAAAUAUUUCGAUAAUAAAAGUAACAUUUUUACAAUAAUUAUGUUGACUAGAUAGGAUAUUGACUUAAAUAACAAAAGUGACACUUUUGUGACAAGUGAUAAUUAUACAUAUGAUACAAAUAAUAAAAAAUGAUGCUUUAAUAUGAGUAAAUAAAAUGUGUACAAAAACAAAACACGUAAGAUUUUUAAAAAGAGUUGACUUUUAAAGUCUAAAAACAAUACAUACUCGAUAUAACAAUUAUAUGACAUGCGAUGGAUAGCAUUAAUAUACGAAGUACAUAUAUUAUAUAUCAUAAUAAUAAUAACACUACAUGUUAUGUAAACUCACAUAUAGAGAUAGUACUCUAAUAAUACAUGCAGUACACAUACUACGAAUUAUGUGAGCUACACACCCACAUGGGUCUUUUAUAUAAUUAUACCCACAUCCCAUGUUUUUCAAUUAAGCCAACCUCAUAUGCGAACAAAAGAUCCGAGUUGCAUACACAUGCAUAGGUCGAAUUCAUACCUAACGAAUGUACCAAAAGAUUUCCUCCUCGUGUAUAUAUAUCCAUGCGUUCAUGCUUUACAAAAGGCACUACCUCCUAUAUACAAAAAUUCGACCCAGCGUUAUACUAUAUAACGAGCUUCAAAAACACUCUAAAAACAUUUCCCUUCGUGAGAGGAAUCCAACGGUGAAAGAAUCGUUGAAAACGGUCGUGAAACAAGAGAGAUAUCGCUUGCCGGAGUUUUGCCGGGCUAACCGUAACGACGGAAAACGGAGAAGAAGGAAGAACCGCCGGUGCCGCCAGUCCAUCACCGAACACCGUCAUCCCAGAAGGAGCCAACAGCACCACCGUUUCACGCUUCCGUCGAGGUGAUUAUUUUGAGACAAGAAUAGAGGAGAAGAACUAGGAGCAUCAGAUUUAAGGUGAUGAUGCUUAUGUGGACUGAUGAUUGUAUGACCACGAGAGCGGUUUAGAGAUGCCUUAGUCAAACCUAGUUAUAAAUAAACAAUCCAAUUAUGUUGAACACUUGUUUUACUUUGUUUGGUGAUUGCCUGUGCAUUCGGUUAAGAGAUGACCGGAUGUGGCGGUAACACCCAUUUCCCAUUUAAUGUUAUUUCCGCUGCAAAACUUUUUAUCUGUUUUGAAAGAAUAAAUCAAGUUAUUAUCAAUAAAUCUAUUA